GUUGUCCACUACCAGACUGUGUCGUGUGUCCUUCCUGCCGGCCGGGAGCGGACAUCGACAUUUGGAGGCCCGCCCGGGGACUGAUCACCCCCGAGACGUGACAGUGGACAACGCUCCAGUACAGAGCUGCGAGACAGGAACCGGGACGAGAACCACUGUGGAUACCGGAGAGACUGACACGGGCAACAAAGCCCUCGACUGAAGAUCAGACCUGCCCUACUGGAGAUCCAUCACAGACCAACCAACAAGAUGAAUAGAAAUAGCGGUAGCCCGAAAUGGACAAGAAGAUCCUCAGGCAUAUGCAUGGCUCGCUCGCCUAGCCUACGACCGAGUCUAGGGACGGUGAGCUUCCCACACUCCUCCUCUAAAAAAUUAUGAUAUAGCAGGGUAGAUGAGUCAAUGACGGGUAAGAGCGUGCCUCCCCAGCAUGACUCGACCUAAGCCAGGCCCUACCCCAUAUCGCACGUAAGCCGCUGGACUGUUAGAUGCUGCCCAGGUCUAAAUUUCUCUCCGAGGGGAUUUCUUUACGGAGAGAGAAUGAGUGCAAGCUUGUGUGCAUCCAGGUUCCGUCCAGUUUGUGCCUGGCCCUAGAAAAAGGACGAGGGCCUCAGGGCCUUGGCAGACCAUGGGACGGCCGACCAGGGUCUAAGCCAAGGACCUACGGUGGGCCUACGCAUAGGGCAUAAGCCUCUGCACCCAGUCCAGGAAGGGCUACGAUGCGCACAUUCAUAAAAAAUAAAAAAGGGGGAGAUGUUGGGAGCCGCAGCCCCGAGCCCGGUCGCCUCACUUGGCGGACGUGAGGCCUGUAGUAAAGAGUGAGGCCUGAGGUAGAUUACCCCUCCCAUCGAAUACGUUAGUUUCCUGCUUACCGCGUAAACAACCCGCUCAACAAUAUAGUCUGCCUAGCAACUGAUGAUGUUAGCCAAUCAGCUUGCCUUGCUUACUUUAACAUGAUUGGACACUGUAUCCGUAUAUAUACCGGUGCCACCCCUGGGAGGAAGUAGAAGCCAGGUAGAAGCCCGGAAGUAGAAGCCCAGAAGGAGCUGCGGAGAGCGGACCGAUAGAGGCUUCGGGGCAGACUGAAGCACAAGAGGAGCCGCGGAGAGCGGACCAAAGGAGGCUUCAGCUGGGAGAACCCAGGGCAGGCUGUACGGAGAAGAAGAAUAAAAAGAAAAGGUUGUCCACUACCAGACUGUGUCGUGUGUCCUUCCUGCCGGCCGGGAGCGGACAUCGACAAGAAGUCACUGAAAUGAUAAAAUAAAUGUAUAGUACAGAAAGUCAAAAAGCCAUCAGAUAGUUAUUUGAGAAGAAUAAUAAAAUAGAUAUAAUACUGGCAAAUACUAAGUGGGGAAAAGGAGAAAAUACAAAAGACCAACAUCUACAAUGAAAAAGGAUAUUACAAUAAGCAUCCUCCACACACUAGAAAUGUUGGGGGAUAUUAUGAAUGAUUUUACAGCACUAAAUUUGAAGUUUAGAGGAAACGACAAACUUCUUAAAAACAUAUGGCUAAUAAUAUUUAAGCAAUGCAAAAUGCCAGCAAACAUUUUGCAUAAUGGCAAAUUACACAAAACCACUCUGCUCCAGCAGCAUUUCUGUUCAAUACUGCACUGAUGGAAUCAAUGCUGAACUUUCGCCUGUUUUAGGAUCUGGCAAUUGCUUUCCCACCCUGUAGAAAUGCUUGCCUAUAUACUGUAAAAAAUGUACUAGAAUGUGCCAGAAGUCCUAGUCAGUGCAGUAAACCAAGGAAAAGAAGAAAAUGAUAAGAAUCCUGAGACCUUGGCGGGUUUUGUUUUUUUGUACUGGGGAUCAAACUCACGUCCUCACGCUUGCCAGGCAGGCACUUGUGCCACUGAGCUAAAUCCCCAGCCCAAGAAUCCUGAGAUCCUUCGUCCUGAUAUGUCAACCUCACUGGACUAGGAAACACCAGGCAGGGCUGUGUCUGGCAGUCCCCGAAAAGACUGUAAGAUGGUGUACUGUGUCAGAUCACGAGGCCACCAAGUGUUCCAGAUUUAGUGACAAUGUGAAAAAAGUCUUUCCAGCAGACGGGCCCCUUGUCACUUGCAUGAAGACAACCUCCUACCUUGAGUGCUUCAAGGCCAUUGCGGCAAACAAAGCAGAUGCUGUGACCAUUGAUGGAGGUUUGGUGCUUGAGGCAAGCUUGGCCCCCUACAACCUGAAGCCCAUCGCCGCAGAAUUCUAUGGGUCUAAAGAUGAUCCACAAACUCACUAUUAUGUUGUGGCUGUGGUGAAAAAGGGCACCAACUUCCAACUGAACCAGCUCCAAGGCAAGAAGUCCUGCCACACGGGCCUGGGCUGGUCUGCUGGGUGGAUUGUUCCUAUUGGUCUGCUGCUUCCCUCUGGUUCUCUUGAAGCAGGAGCAGCUGAGUUCUUCUCUGGCAGCUGUGUCCCCUGCACAGAUGAGAAGAGGUUCCCCAGACUGUGUCAGCUGUGUGCAGGAAAAGGGACUGACAAGUGUGCCUGCUCCUCUCACGAACCAUAUUUUGGCUACUCAGGUGCCUUCAAGUGCCUGCAGGAUGGCGUGGGGGAUGUGAGCUUCGUGCGGCAUCUGACGGUGUUUGAGGCCCUGUCUGAGAAGGCUGACAGGGACCAGUAUGAGCUUCUCUGCCCCGACAACACCCGGAAGUCAGUGGAUGAGUAUGCGCAGUGCCAUCUGGCCAAGGUCCCUUCUCACGCUGUUGUGGCUCGGAGUGUGGACGGGAAGGAGGACUUGAUCUGGGAGCUCCUCAGUCAGGCCCAGAAAUACUUUGGAAAAGACAAGUCAUCAGAAUUCCAGCUCUUCAGCUCCCCUCAUGGGAAAGACCUGCUCUUUACCAAUGCUGCCCAUGGAUUUUUAAGGGUCCCCCCCAAGGUAGACGCCAAGCUGUACCUGGGAUAUGAGUAUUUGUCUGCCAUUCAGCAUCUGAAGAGAGGUGUGGAAGUCUCCCAGAGGGUGCAGUGGUGUGCAGUGGGCCCCCACGAGAGGGCCAAGUGUGAUGAAUGGAGCGCGUUGAGUGGUGGCGCCUUGGUGUGUACCACAGAGGAGACCCCUGAGGACUGCAUUGCUGCCAUCAUGAAAGGAGAAGCUGACGCCAUGACCUUGGAUGGAGGAUUUAUCUAUAUAGCUGGCCAGUGUGGCCUGGUGCCUGUCCUGGGAGAGAACUAUGGAACUAAAGGUAGCAAGGAGCAGCUUGGGUCUAAGUGUGUGAGUACACCCUUGGAAGGUUAUUAUGUUGUGGCUGUGGUUAAGAAAGCAGACACUGGUAUCACCUGGAACUCUCUGCGAGGCAAGAAGUCCUGCCACACUGCAGUUGGUACUUCCGCAGGCUGGAACAUCCCCUUGGGUUUAAUAUACAACCAAACCGGGUCCUGUAAACUUGAUGAGUUCUUCAGUCACAGCUGUGCCCCUGGGUCUAAUCCAGAUUCCCAACUCUGUGCUCUGUGUGGUGGCAGCAGCAGUCCCAGCCACUUGUGUGCUCCCAACAGCCAGGAGAAGUACCACGGCUCCAGUGGGGCUCUCAGGUGUCUGGUGGAGAAGGGAGAUGUAGCCUUCGUGAAGCACUCUGCAGUACCACAGAACACUAACAGGGAGAAUCCCGAGGUGUGGGCUAAGGGUCUGAAGCAGGAUGACUUCGAAUUGCUGUGCCUCGAUGGCACCAAGAAGCCUGUGACAGAGGCUAAGAGCUGCCACCUGGCCAUAGUGCCAAAUCACGCUGUGAUCUCAAGGAAAGAUAGGGCAGAUUUUGUGCGCAGAAUACUCUUCAACCAACAGGAGCUCUUUGGAAGAAAUGGAUUUGAAUAUAUGAUGUUCCAGAUGUUUGAGUCCUCAAACAAGGACCUGUUAUUCAGCGACGACACAGAAUGUUUGGCAAGCCUAGGGAACAAAACAACGUAUGAAAAAUUCUUAGGUCCAGAGUAUCUUACGACUAUGGCUAACUUGAGACCAUGCUUACACUCUGAACUUCUGGAUGCCUGUCUCUUCCACAGGAAUUAAAUAUUGAUUGGGGUGGGCAGCCACCCAAAUGCCAGGAGCCCCAAUAUGGUGGGACCAAUUCUCAUUCAUUUCCAUGUAGAUGUCUGAUAAUGUCAAUUAUUUUUCUAAUUCUGAAUUAUAAUUGUGCAAAAAUUAAAGUUAAUAAAAAUUACAUCUUAGAAAGCUUCAUUAAA